UAUCGUCUCAUAAUUUGUCUAUUUCUUGGAAUUCUUCCAUCAUCAGCCUCUCUUCUUUAUUAUUUUUCGGACCAUAUCAUUGGUCAAUUGCAGUCAUCUCGUUUUUUUAUAUUCUUUCUUGUUGUUAGUUUGUUUUCUUCUUAUGUUCACACAAUCUCUAUCUAGUAUCCAUAGUUUUAGGGUGUUGUUUUAUCCCUUGUACAUCAAUUUACAUCGGCUUUAUCGUUUUCUACCAUAUUCCAUAGUUUCUUGUCCCCUCUCCUUUCUCCUAGAUUUUGUUUGUGUAGUGAUUCUAUGAUUGAGUAACAAACUGGAAUUAGGUCAUAGAAAUAGAAUUGCUAAGGAGGUAAACUGGUUGCUUUGUGAUAUGAUAGAUUUUGUACCAUGUGACAAUCUUAAAUGUUUUGUUAUUGUUGGAAUUGCAAGUAUUAGUAAUAAUUAUGACUUCCAAGAAUUACCAAGAUUUACAUAUGGUAGGAAACACACACGUAUUUUUAGACGUGUCAAUAGAUGAUGUGAAAUGUGGAAGAGUUGUAAUCGAGCUGUUUAAGAAUUUAGUUCCAAAAACUGCAGAGAACUUUCGAGCACUAUGCACUGGAGAGAAGGGCCUAGGUGAAAAGAAACUUCCUCUCCAUUACAAAGACACAAUUUUCUUCAAAGCUGUUCCCGAGUGUAUUGUACAAGGGGGAGACAUCAUCAACAACGAUGGUUCAGGAGGAGAGAGCAUUUACGGGCAAUACUUUGAAGAUGAAAAAGCAGGCUUAUCUCUUGAGCACUCGGAGAAGGGUGUACUCAGUAUGGCGAAGUGCAGACAGGCAGACACAAACAACUCUCAGUUCUGCGUGACGCUCGGUCAGACACCACACUUGGAUGGCUCCUACGUUGUGUUUGGUCGUAUUGUCAAGGGCUUCAAUAUCAUCAACAACAUCUCGUACCAGCCGCUCGGCCCUGGCGAGAGACCCAUCCCUGUGUGUAAGAUCUGGAACUGCGGGGAGUUAAAGCCUGGGCAGGACUGGGCUUACUGUGAUGCUGAUCUCUACCCUCCGUAUCCUGAUGACUGGGACAGAGAUCUUAACACUGUUCAGGCCAAUGAUAUUCUGGUAGCGGUGAAGAAGAUCAAGGAUGCCGGUAACCAGAUGUUGAGAGAUGGUGACUCGGUGUACGCUCACCAACAAUACAUCAAGGCCUUGCGCUACCUUGACUGGUAUGUGUUGGCUCACACGGCCGAACAGAGUCUACUGGCACAAGUCCGAGAGCAGUGCUGUCUCAACGUUGCCUUGGCGUGCAUUAAAAUAAAGCGCUAUCGGGAAGCAAUCUUCUAUUGUAAUCAGGUACCAAAUAUUGAGGGCAACGUAAAGGCACUGUUCCGGCGAGGGUUAGCAAAUAUCGGGCUCAAUGAACAUCAGGAGGCGCUGGCGGACUUGCACGCGGCGCUAGUAUUGGCUCCCCCCGACCAGAGACCGGCCAUACUGAGUGAGAUCUCACGAGUGAACCGCUUCCUCCACAGUUACCAACAGGCCGAGCGACUCCUGUGCGCUCGCAUGUUCCGCACGUGACCUUCCCACACACCUCCCAACCUUCUGUGAUAUGUUAGACUGGCUCCACACUUUUCUACUUUUAAUAUUCAGUUGCUAUAUUUUGUUGCAUAGGAAUAAUGGAAUAAUUAUUAACAUUGUAGAUACAGUACAAUGUUUCUAACUUUAUAACUGAUUUACCAGAUUUUAAGAAACUUAUCUUUUGCCAACUUCUCAAUGGGUUUUUAUAUAAUAAUUAUUGUUUGAAACCAGCUGUGAUCUCUUGAUGAUUUAGCACUCUGACCAAGAGUGCUUUUAACCACUUUCUUGAAUUCCUAGAGAUGUGAUUAAACAGAAUUUUUAUCUCCCAAUAACAUUGCAGUUGUUUGAAAAUGUAGUUGAAUAAUUAUUUGUUCAAAGUACUGCAGUUUAAGUUUUCCGACACCAUCUAUCAUGGGGAACAGCUAUCCAGAACACACAUGAACCAUUGAACAUUUGCAUAUAUGUUAACAGUAAUAUCCAAUAACUCUUAUAGAAUAAAAAUUUGGACUGAAAUCAUUUAAUAUACCCUAGAUUUAUGUUUCUUUGUUCCUACAAGUACUUUUUAUGAAUCAAUCUCUGUUGAAAUGUUCAUGUAUAUAACCUAUAUUGAAUGUUUUGAAGGUUCAAUUCAUAGAAAAGUUAUAAUAUAACAAUAUAAUUCCCAAAUAUUAUUGUACAUUUUAAAAGUAGCCAUUAUAUUGGAACUUAAAUAUGUUCUAAAACAUUUUUAAAUUAAUUUUAUUUUUGCUAAACAAGCUUUUUUGCCUUGGAAAAAAGGUUGCUUUGGGAUUGAAAGCUUAUAAUCAGUAAAGUUGUGAGCAAUUGCUUAAUGUGCAUGAGUAUGAUUAUUGAAUGUUGGUUUUAAAAUUUAGGUGAAAUAAUUAAAAAAUAAUUCCCAUCCUUGGGUGAAGAUUAUUUCCUUCCAGUUUUCCAGCUGUAAGGACGUAAAACUGAAAACUAGUUUUCUGUAUGGAAAUUAGAAUCUGUGAGUGAAAUGAAUGCAAUAUUAGAGUUAGGAACUUGAAAGUAUACAGAGAUAAGGCACUUUAAUUAUUUUUGUAUUUUUAUAUUUACUUGCAUACCUAAUAUGCACUUAAUUGUUAUAAUUAUAAUAACUAGUGUCAAUUAAGGAAAUAUAGUGUAAAAGUUUAUUGUGGAAUAUAAGUUUGUAAGACUGACGAGUUUGAGACUUUCGCACAAAUGAAGCCUUCUUGUGGUUACAUCUUCAGUGUGUGAGUUACUGUUAUUUAGAGAGACUGCAGAACUUAGUGCUAGAAUGGUAGAGAUAUUCAUUUCAAAUAAAAUAAGUUAAGCUGAGAUAAAUGUAUUUGUCAGUCAAAACUAGUUCUAACCAGUCCAUCCGUUUGUAAAUAGAUUUUACUGUUUACACAAGUCAAAACUGAUGUCAACUCUUUAGAGACUGGCUGAAAAAUUAGACAUAGCAGCCGAAAAGACAAUUUUAUCAUAAGCAUUUUUCAUAAUUUUGCUAAUAAGAUUGUAUCUCAUGUUGAUCACAAUAUUUAUGGCUACAAUGACAUUUUUAUAGUUUUUCUUAAUUCUAUCCUCUUUCAUUUUUCAUAUGUACAAGAUGAUUAUUUUAUGGUAUAGUGUCCUUUUUUUCUAGAUAGAAACUAUAUUUGAUUGUUUUUAUUAGUUAAAUAACUAAAUUAAAUAAUAAAGAUGUACAUUGAUUGUACCUGGUUAGAACUUGUUUUGCCUCCUGCAUUGAUGCUAAAUUAUAAAUACCUUUACUCUUACCAUCGUUGUCAACCCUACUUUAACUAGUGUCAGGACAACUAUAAUCUCAGUUCUUAAAUCAGGGUGUUAAACUGAACACCAAGUCAAUCUGUAAAUUACCUCACUAGAUAAAAAAAAUAAUUAAUUGGACCGCUAGCCAAAGAUAAGAACAGGCUACAGGAUUAUAAACUCAGCACACAUGUAGCAACUCACUAGCUGAUGCUUAAUAUAGCAUUUUUUUAUAACAAAGAGCCGGGGUUCUUGGGCCUGGUAAUUUCCUCUCAGCCAUCCGGCUUAUUGUGCACCCUCUUCCAGGUUUAAGCUGUGUCAAAUGCCAGGCCUUUACAAACCAUGAGAUCUUCUGUACAGUGCUUAUCUGCUCCAAUACCUCUUCAGUAUGCUUAAGAAACCAAGGGAUUUUGAGUGUUUGCUCUGUAACACCGACAUUUGAAUAUGACGUGCUCAGCUGUUUCAUCAACCUCGCCAUAUUUACUGCACAGGGUUUCCUGAACAUGAAUACCUGUUCUGUUCUGGAGGUUUCGGAAUAUCCAAUGUUCUGUAAAAAAGUAAGCCAUCUUACGGAUCUUCAUUCUACUCAUUCUAAGGGCAUCUGCUGUAAUUUUUCUUGAUGGCCAUUGAAAAACCGCUUUGCUUGAACGUUUCCCUCAGUUCUUUCCUAAUGUUUUUGGUGUUUGUAAGACACCCGCUUGGCAACCGAUCUCUGUGCUAAGUUAUAGGAAACUCCACACAUUAGUUCAGAACCAAUAAUAGGAUAACUGGCUACUAAGAUAGCGCAACUAUCUGCUCCAUCAUUACCUUAGAUCCCUCUGUGUCCAGGCACCUAAAAUAGUAGAAUAACUUUAUUGGUUUUGGCCUGUGAUUUCAUGGCCAUUUGGCAUUCCCACACUAUCUUUUAGAUGCAGCCAUGGUUGGCCAAGGCCUGCAGAGUAGGCAUGCUAUCCGAGUAAGUGUAGAUGGUUUUGUCUUUAUGUCUACAACUACAGCUGGCUCUAGAGCUGGCUCCCCAGACACCUGCCUCUUGACCACUCAGAGUCUCUGAGCCAAAGUUGGUAAUCAGCUGAUUGCUGUCUGGUCUUUUAACACUACCAAGAUUGAAUUCUGUCAAACACAAUAUUUAAUCUUAAUUUUAAUUUUGCUUUUAUUUCGUGACUUUUUGUCAUCAAUUUCACAAUCAAUUUAGUGUACAUUUAUUGUUGCCAAUCUUAGUUGUGUUGAGUGCCUCAGUAUAAUUGACACGUUAAUAUUGUUGUUGAAUUGAUUACCAAAUAGGUCUGACGCUCGGUAUGGGAGAGUUAGGGAUGUUGUCAUGUUGACCUUGAAUCGCUUAGUGUACAGAGUACAACUGGGCUGAUAUGGCAACGGUAAUACUGUACUGUUUACUUGAACCUGGAUAACUACACUCCCUUCAGUUAGCUAUUGUGCAAUCCAUACAGCUGUGACUUUGUUUAUUUGCAGAAUCUGUUUUGACUAGAGCGACUUUUAAAUAGUCUAAACCGGUUUUGACAACUUGGAAGAGUUUCGAAAAAUAUUCAACAAUGUUGAUUGUACGUUAAAUUAGAUAGAUAAAGGUUUAGAAAUGAUGCAGAACAUAUCUUCAGCAGGGUUUAAAAAUAGCUUAGAAAGCUAAUCGGAUUAGAAGCCAAGUUUAAAAUCCUACUGUAAUUAAUGGUAACAUCUAAAAUAUGAAAUGUUUGUUAGAAGACAUAAUAUACACUUUAAAGUAUCUGUGUUUGUUAGGUGAUACACUUUAUUUGAUUUAAAUGUUAAUUUUUAAAAUGCUUGUAGAAUGUUAAAUACCAAAGUAUAAAUAAUAUGAUGUUAAUCAACAAUGUUAUAUAAUUAGCAAACACACAGUUAUUAGGCAAUUUCUUGUUUAUAAUAAUUUGUUGGUGCUGUUAACUAAAUAAGAUAUAAAUAUUUAACAAGUGUUGGAUUUUGGCAAUGUAAAUAUGUAAGUUUGCUCAAAUAUUUGUGAUUUUAAGACAUGAUUUAUUAAGAAGAAUAACUUUAUAUAAAAGCUAUGUGAUUGUACUUUUGAUGUAGCUCCAAUGUUUUCAUCAUUAAAUUCACAGUGCUUAAA